AAUCGUUGCGCCAGUCAUGAGCGGUUGCGGUGCUAGCAUCGGCAUAGCUGCUUUGGGUGGUGCUCCUGGCUCCGGCGUUUUGCACCAGUUACCAUCUCACCAAAGACCGCACGAUCCUGGCACGAGCUCUUCGGGAGUGCAUUUCCAUCACCCGCAUCAGGCAAGAGGUGUGGCGGGAAAGGCUACGGGGAUGCAUGGCACCGAAGGGCAAAUAACUGCAACUGGCGGGAAGGGCUACCAACCCCACCACGCUAAGGCAGAUUCUGUCUACACAUCAGGAGCAGGCCACUACGUACCUUACGUAGAUGAGCGAGCAGUAAGAG